AUGGAGAUUGAAGAGCCAACGUCAAAUGUUGAGGUCACUCCAUCCUCACCAUGUGAGCAUCAGAGUAGCAAAAUCACCACCAGUUCCCAGGACGUGGAGAAAUGCAGUAUGGUCGCCUCCGUUCCCUCCAAGCAUCAACCCGUUACGUCCACUCUAUCUCUAGAGGGCGUCAACCAAAAGAUAAGAUCAGUUCCCGGAAGUCUUUCAUGGACAGCUCGUGCACUCUUGGUUUGGCUUAUACUGCAGUUUGGAGCCGACUCCAGUGUACCAACAAGCAAUUUUAUGAUUUUUCCCCUACCCAAAGGUAGAAAUGGUGCUGGAGCGCCACCUUCAGGGACUCAAGAGACGGCAGGGGCGCUAGGGCUCGGCUUGAAAACCACCACAACCAUUGGUACCGCAUUUUCAUUUCUCUUCCCCGUCUUCAGCGUGGUAUUCGCAUGGCUUGCAGACGUGACGUUUACCAGGCUGCAAAUUAUCAUGUGGAGCAAUAUCAUGGGUUGUCUGUACCUUGCGCUGAUGCUGGUGGCGUCAAUCCCAUCGGUGAUUGCGAGUGGACAUGCAGCAAUACCAUUUAUGAUAGGGAUGGCGGGCAAGCAAAUUGCGAGAGCGAUGGUGCCGGUCGUUAUUGUUCCAUUCAUUCUGGAUCAGUGCUCGCCAACUGUCGACUACUUCUCAACCUUAGCCUCCGGGGAAAGGCUGCUGGUGAAGCGUCAACUGACGGAGGAGAAGGUUGCGUACUUGACCAACGGGCUUGUUGACGCUGGCGGCUUUCUUUCCAUCGCAACGACCUUGUUUGAAAAGAGAGUCGGCUUCUGGCUAGCCUGGCUUGUACCAUUCUCCAUACGGGUUGUGUUGUUGCUCUCACUGCUGUUGCUGCGGCCUCGAAUAGUCAGGAACCAGCCUGAGAAAAAGGGAAUGUCCAAGAUCAUUUCCAUGUUGAGAAUGCUCAUUCGGCAAACAGGCUGGAGAUUUCUGGUCCACGAUGACGCCUGGGAGACUGUCAAACCCUCUCGCCUGAGAAACGGCGACACCACAAUCGAACAGAAUCGUGGCGUCGUGAACUGGGAAGAUGCAGACAUGGACGCCCUGCAGCGCUUCUAUCACGCUUGCAAGAUUUUCUGCAUCCUCCCUCCCUACUUCCUCGUUGGCCCAAUGCUCGGAAACCUCUUAUCUGCUCAGGGAUCGAGUAUGACCACAAAUGGUACGCCCAAUGACAUCCUCGACAAUAUCACGUCUGCAGCAGUGAUUAUCGUGUCCUAUGCGCUCCCAAUAUGGAUUUUUCCAUUCCUGAGGCACCACGGCAUCAAAAUUCAGCCAAUCCUACUCAUCACCGUAGGCUGUACUCUCAUCAUUGUUGCUGCGAUGAUCGGGGGCUUUUUACAGUUGCAUAUCUAUCACACUUCUCCCUGCGGCUAUCACGCUACCGGGUGUACGAAGGGGACUGGUGUAUCCCCAAUCUCGAUAUGGGCCCAGACGCCUAUCUACAUCUUGCAGUCAAUCUCGAUCGUCUUCACCGUUUCCAGCGUGUUGGGUGUUGCUUGUCAUUUUGCACCAAGAAACAUGAUGUCCGUCUCGAUCUCCGCUAUGAUCAGCGUAUACAUCAUCAAAGACGCGGCAGGGUUGGGUCUGGCACAAGCAGUAUCAGACCCCUACCUCGUUUGGGUGUGGUUUGGUCCAGCAUUGGUGAUGUCGGUGCUGACCGCGAUGUUUUACUGGAGUUUUCGCCAUCUUGACGAGGAACUCAGCGACAGGGUCCGGAUUGGCUGA